AUGGGGAAUGCUGGGAGCAGCGCCGCCGCCGGAGCCCGCGCGGGCGAGUGGAAGGGCCCCUUCAGCGACGAGGAGUAUGACUGCCUGAAGGAAAAGUUCAAUGCGACGGUGGCGUCGGCACCGUCGGCAGCCGCGGCGGCUGCCAAUCUGCAGUCGUGGCUGGAGCUGCCGGUGCCUGCUGCAGCGCCGGAGGAGCUGACCGCCGCGAGUCGUCGGCUGGGUGCCGCCUUCUACCAGUUGUGUCUGCAGCAGAACGAAGGCGGGGAAGCUCCCACUGGGAAAGCAGCCAAGUUGCAGAUGGUGAACUUCGCGCAAGGAGUUGCGCAGUGCGUCCGUGCAUCGUCUCAGUCAAUCUGCCGGUCACUGUUCCGACUGUUUGCCGCUGAUGCAACGGCCAAUGCUAUGACGGGGCAAGAGCUCAGUCAGCUGCUGUUUGCCUGCUUGGUGAUGGCGGAAGGCGAGCAAGUUGAAGAUGUGGAUGGCAUGGCUGGAGUGGCGAAGGCUCUUGCCCGCGCCGCGAUGCCCCCGUCCGCUGGGUCUACUCAAGCGUCUAGCGACGACUUUGUCCGUUGGAUUGGAUCGCAAUUUCCUCUUCUCUAUACCAUUUUCAUGUCGUGGAUGGUGCGCAAGAGCUUCGAGUCAUUGACCAAGCCGUCAUUUGAGGCGCCCAAGUUGUCUCACCCAAGCGGCAUCUUGUCCAGAUCCCACUUCGUGGCCUUAUCCACCGUCACGACGUCAAUCCAGACAUCGCUGAGUCGACUGUAUACGAGCGCCCAGGAUGGAUUGAGUUUCAACCGGCUGAGCUAUCACAUUCUCGGUUACUCCGGCCCAACGCUUACGGUCAUCCGAGACACACAAGGAGCUGUGUUUGGCAUGUUUUGCGAUACCGAGUGGAAGGAGUCAAGUCGCUAUUACGGUGGGAAUGGGUGCUUCCUCUUCCGGAUGGCACCUGAAAUCAACAUCUAUCGAGUGUCUGCGAGCGGGACCAACGAAAACUACAUGUAUUUGAACUCCAAGGGCUUUGCUCUACCGCGCGGGCUUGGCAUGGGAGGGUCAACCGACAAAUUCCGGUUGUUCCUCAGCGAAGACCUGGACGAACACAGUUACACCACGCCCAAGUGCCUGUCCUUCGAGCCAGGUCGCUUGUCCUCCAGCGAGCAGUUUGUAGUUGACACCAUCGAGGUCUGGGGAUGCGGUGGUGAGGAAAGCGAACUCAGCCAGAAGGCUCACCGACAGGAGACGGCCGAUCUUAUCAACCGUGCGCGGAAGGUCGACAAAGCGCAGUUCGUUGGAAGCGACUUUGACAAAGAGAUGUUCCUGGGCAAGACAUUUGGACACGGGACAAACAAAGCCCGCAUUGCCGACGAUGAGUCCUAGUUCCAUGCUGUAUACUGGAGGUUGGCAGGGUGAACACUAACGCGAGUUACUUUAUCACAACAUUCACAACAUGGAAGCGUCUGUCCAUUUG